AGCCCCGCCCCAGGUGUCAGGGGAGCGGAGGAGAGCGAGAAGAAGUCAUUAUUCGAAAACGAAACCUAAGGUUCUUGAGAAGAAAACCUACGUGGAAACAAUUCUCUCGUUAUAAAUAAAACUAAAACGAAUUUAGGAACAAAUAGUCGGACAGACAGAAACCAGAACAAGGAAUGGCCGCUGCUAACGUUUGCUGGUCUGGAGAGAACUUUUCAUGUUCCAUCUGUCUGGAUGAGUUCAGAAGCCCAGUUUCCACACCAUGUGGACACAACUUCUGCAGAAACUGUAUUACAAAGUUCUGGGAUGACCAAGUCCAGUACAAAUGUCCUUUAUGCAACGAGCUUUUCCACACUAGACCUGGUUUACGGGUCAAUACGCUCUUAUCAGAGUUGGCAGCUCAGAUUAAAACGUCUGUUCGAGUAAAAGAGAAGCCUUUUGUUGAUUCAGCAGAAGUUCCCUGUGACGCCUGUACUGGGACCCAGCUGAAGGCUGUGAAGUCCUGCCUAAUGUGUUUAAUCUCUUACUGUCAAACCCACCUUGAGCCACAUCAGAGAGUUGCAGGCCUGAAGAAACAUGUACUAGUCGAACCUAUGGACCGUCUGGAAGACCGGAUGUGUAGGAAACACGACCGACUUCUGGAGCUCUUCUGCCAGACCGAACAGGUGUUUGUGUGUCAGUUCUGCACAGAGGCAGACCACAGGUCCCAUCGUGUUGUUCCUCUGAGGGAGGAAUAUGAAGUGAGGAUGGCCCAGCUGGGGAAGAUAGAGGCUGAAGUUCCGCAGAUGAUCCAGGAGAGAAAACAAAGGAUUAAAGAGAUAAAAGACGAAGUAGAGUUGGGUAAAAAAGACGCAGACAGAGAGUUAGCCGAUGGUAUUCAGGUCAUGACAGAUCUGAUGCGCUGCAUUGAAAAGUGGCAGGAUGAUUUCAACCAAACGGUUCAGGAGAAACUGAAAAUCACUGAGAAACGAUUUGAAGACCUCAUCAAAGAGUUGGAGCAGGAAAUAGAAGAUCUGACCAACAGAAGCGCCGAAGUGAGGCAGCUCUCACACACUAAAGACCACCUCUACUUCCUCCAGGCCUUCAGACCCCUGAUGAAUCCUCCACCCACCAGGGACUGGACGACGGUGGUCCGUCCUCCGUCAUACGAAGGGACCUUGAGGAGAUCCCUGGAUCAGCUGGAGGAGACCCUGAACAUGGAGAUGAAGAAGCGGUGUGAUGCUGCUGAACUGAAGAGGGUCCAGCAGUAUGAAGUAGAUGUGACUCUGGAUCCUGAUACAGCUUAUCCCGGUCUCAUCCUGUCUGCGGAUGGGAAACAAGUACAUGACGGAGGUGUAAGGAAGAAACUCAAAAACAACCCUAAGAGAUUCACAUAUUAUCCCCGUGUUCUCACGAGGCAGAGCUUCUCCUCAGGGAGGUUUUACUUUGAGGUCCAGGUGAAAGACAAGACUGCAUGGCGUUUAGGAGUGGCCAGAGAGUCCAUCGACAGAAAAUGUGCCAUCAAAGUGACCCCUGAGAUGAGUUACUGGACUCUUCACUCCUACGGCGAUGAGAUGGUGUUUAACGAUGACCCUGAUGUUCAUCGCCCUCUGAGAGCUGAGCUCCAGAAGGUGGGGGUGUUUGUGGAUUAUGAUCAGGGCGUGGUAUCCUUCUAUGAUGUGGAGGCCAGGGUUAAUCUCUGCUCCGCUAUUGGCUGCACCUUUAGGGAGCCUCUCUAUCCAAUGCUCAGUCCAGGUUUAAUUGAAGGAGGUGCAAACUCCGCCCCCCUGAUCAUCUCACCUGUCAAUCAAACAGACUAGGAUAAUAAAAUGAAGAAGCAACCGCAUGACUAAGGUUGUUUCCUGAAGGAGAAUGUCUUCUGUGUGAGAUCUGAAAGAAAUGAUAGUUCUUCUGUUAAUUAACUAAUUAAUCAAGAAAAUAACAUAUUAUGAAACAUAACCCAUUAUAAAGGAUCAGAUAACACUAUGUUCAAUGUUUUCUCCUGAAGUUUUGUUUCAAGUUAAAUCCUAUACUAUAAUUGUAAACCAUUUCAAUUAUGUAGAAUAUGUUGGGAGGAACAAUUUUCAUAACAUAAUAAUCUUUUUUAAAAUACUAGUUUAUACUUCUGAAUAACGAAUUAAAUGUUUGUAAACUUUUCUGAUUCAAUAAUAAAUUGCAAAAAAAAUG